CGGGUCGAGGCCGAAGUCUUCGUUCUUGAAGCUUGGGUCCUCUUCAGCCAUAAAUGUUAUUUGCACCACCCCUGCCGGCAUUCUAAGUAGACCUUGUGCAGGCUACGCUAUCAUUUGGAGGAGACUCGGGUGCAAGCGUACCAGUGGUCAUUCCACGCAGAGGAAGGUAUUGCGCGCUGCGGUUCAUCGCCACCGGCCUGCAAGUCUGUCGGAAGUGAAGUAGUAACCGGAAUGGCCUAGAUCUCCAUUGCCAACGCUGUCCACGACCUUGCUCUCGCAAUUACUGUGCUGGCCGGUAGAAGGGCUCGGUCAGCUUUCCCGUGAUCUCCGCUUCAAAGCCUAAGCCAAGGAGAUAUUCGCAUGAUGGCGGCGGAGAACUUUUGAUUUCUUCCGAGGGACUGGCAUCUCCGGUCCACCUCCGAGCAUAUUCUCGGGCCAUUUCUACCAAUUCUGGCAGGAGAACACCGUGGAAGUUAUCGAUGAGUGGUUCAAGAAAUACGGUGACAUCUACGGGAUCUUCAAUGGCGACGCCGCUUUUGUCAUGGUGAAGGACAUUGAACUUUUGAGGCGUGUGUUCGUCAGCGAUUUCGGUCAAUUCAUGGAGAGGGGAACUGUGUGGAGACACGUGAACGCCAACCCAGCGUUUCGCAACUCCAUCAGCGUUGCGGGUGUGGACAGGUGGAAACCCAUACGGCGAUGCAUCUCUUCGGCAUUCACGGCAAACAAGCUGCGAGCGUUUGUUCCAGACAUGGUCGAAGCUGUGGACAGCUUCUUGGAGAUCCUCGAAGAGCGAAGCCUUCGCGAAGGCCCGUCUGGUGAGCAGAUCGACGUGCGACCUUACCUGAAUACGCUGGCGUUCGACCUGGUCGCCAGGACCACGUUCGGUAUGCGUCUUGACGUCCAGAAAAACCCCAGCAACCCGCUGUUCGUCCACGCCACGUCAGUACUUCCUGGAACACUGGCCACCCUCUUUCACACAGCGACGCAGUUUUUCUCGGACGUGAAAGGCUGCCUUCCUCUCAUGCUGACCCUGGAGCGAUGGUUCGGAUACGAUGCGUUCCAGUCACUGGCCGAUUGCUCCAUACCCGCCAUCAAAACGCGGAGAAAGGACUCCACGGUAACACGGCCAGACCUCCUCCAGUGCAUGCUGGGAACGGAAUUCGACAAAACCCAGAUUGACGCGAGCGGAUUCCACUGGACCAAGGAAGAACGGGAACAAUGCAAAGGAAAGGAGAAAGUUGUAAUGCCGGUUAGAGACAUUGCUGUGAAUGCGGCCAACAUGCUUCAAGCCGGGUUCGAGACCGUGGGGGUCACGCUGGCGAGCUGCCUGUUCUGCAUCGCCAAGUUCCAGGCUGUCCAGGACAAGAUCAGAGCUGAAACUGAAGCCGCCCUCGCGAAGCACGGGGAGUUCUCCUAUGACACCAUUGCCGACCUACAGUACACUGCACAGACAAUACUGGAAACGUUGAGAAUGUACGCUCCAGUGAUCGCGUUUACAACCAGACGCGCUUCAUCUGAUUACCGCUACGAAAACGUGCUUCUGCGAAAAGGUGUGAGCGUCAUGGCCUGCAGUCACCAGGUUCACCACGACCCCAACUUGUGGGAGCGACCGGAUGAAUUCGACGCAGAGAGGUUUUCGCCAGAACAGAGAGCGUCUAGAGACCCGCUUGCUUUCCAAGCGUUCGGCAUGGGACCACGAAACUGUGUCGGCAUGAAGCUGGCGCAGCUGGAAAUGGCGCUCGUUGUUGCCAAGCUCGUGCACCGAUUUCGGCUGCAUCUGGGUGCGAAACACGUGAACGGUGAACUGAAACGGCACACAUACUCCAUCAUUGCAUGCCCGGCGGACGGAGUCUGGAUCCGUCUUGAAAAGCUCAUGCGGGGAUAAUAACCGGACAGAUCGACUGCGCAACAAUUUUUCAAGCACGUCCAGCUAACCAAGCAUCAUUUGCUGUCGCGCACGCAGAAGACAAAAGCUAAGAGAAGGGGUUCCACGUGUUCAUUGUGCAUGGAGGAAGAAAAAGAACGGCCCAGCAUGGAGUGUCAUUUCUUAUAGGAAAGUUAUCUGUCGAUCAUCGCCAAACUGCUGCGAAAUUGCAUGUCACACAA